CCAUACCAAAAUACGACAGACAAGAGAAAAACUUUGCUGUUGCAACGCUUCUCUUGUUGUCUCUAAUAAUCUAAGCUCCACAAAGACAAAAUACCCAAAUCAGAAAAGAAGACGAAAAUACCAUCAAAGAACAAGGUGAAAAUUCCCAAAUCCUCCAUUUCCAAUCCACCCCGCUUGCUUCGCGUCUCUCCAGCCCGCGCGCUCCGAAAGAGAACAUCAUAAAACGUGAUUUAGCGACGAUGGUGGCGAUCGAGAACCAGAGCCAGGUGCAGAGGCCGGCGGAGCCGGCGAGGAUCCCCAAGGAGGCGCGGCGCCUGCUGCACGACCUGGCGGCGGCGUGGCCCAACGUGGCGGACUGCCGGGCGCUUGAGGUGGUGCCGCUCAAGGGCGCCAUGACCAACGAGGUGUACCAGGUGCGCUGGCUCACCGGCGGCGGCGAGGCGCUCAAGGAGAGGGAGGUGAGGAAGGUGCUGGUCCGGGUAUACGGCGACGGCGUGGAGCUCUUCUUCGACCGCCAGGACGAGCUGCGCACCUUCGAGUGCAUGUCCCGCCACGGCCAGGGCCCCCGCCUCCUCGGCCGAUUCCCCAACGGCCGCGUCGAGGAGUUCAUCCACGCACGGACAUUGUCAGCUCACGACCUACGCGAUCCUGAAGUUUCAGCUCUGGUGGCUGUAAAACUGAGGGAAUUCCAUAACCUUGAUAUGCCUGGUCCCAAGCAUGUGCUCCUUUGGGACAGACUGAAGAACUGGCUCAAAACUGCCAAGAACCUCUGCCCAACUGACCAAGCCAACGAACUACGCUUGGAUAGCCUGGAGAACGAGAUCAACACACUGGAGAAAGAAUUCUCAGGGGAUUACCACCACUUGAUUGGUUUCUGCCACAACGAUCUUCAGUAUGGCAACAUCAUGAUAGAUGAAGAGACCAACAUGCUGACCAUCAUUGACUACGAGUAUGCAAGCUUCAAUCCAGUUGCGUAUGAUAUCGCCAACCAUUUCUGCGAAAUGGCAGCAGACUACCAUUCAGAAAAACCUCACAUACUGGACUACAGUAAAUAUCCAGAUGUUGAUGAGCAGAGACGUUUCGUGAAGAACUACCUGAGCACUUCUGGUGAGGAAGCUGAAACCGAAGAAGUGGAGAAUCUGCUCCAGAUUGUUGAGAAGUACACACUCGCCAGUCAUCUCUUUUGGGGCCUCUGGGGAAUAAUAUCGGAUCAUGUCAACGAUAUCGACUUCGAUUACCAAGAGUACGCAAGGCAGAGAUUCGAGCAGUACUGGCAGAAGAAGCCUGCCGUCCUAUCUUUGUGAAUAAACACAUGGCUUCAGGAACUCCCUGAGGGCCUCUGCUGCACAUAAGCAUGUGCAGAGUUACUGACGCACAUCCCCUGGCUGCUGGGACAGGACAGGAAAGAUGUGAAGGAAGAAGAAGAUUACAAAGAAGAAGUAGAAACCCGUUUCGGGAUCAGUACUCAUUCCGGAACAUCAUAAGGUUCAGCUUCAAGAAGGGAGCUGUAUUUUGUUGCUUGUUUAUAGCCUGAACGCAACGAGGAUAAAGCUCCAUUUUGUAUGUUGGGUUUGCUAAGACCGCUGGUUGUGUCAGUGUUGUUGUAUCACUAGUUCAAGUAUAUUCGAUGAAAAAUUUAUGUA